AUGGAUUCAGCACAAGCGUUUCUGGAUAAUGCCGACGAUCUCACAGAUCUUGAGCUGGCCGUCCUCCUCAGCCUCGUCGCUCAGCAUCACUGUAUGUUAGUGGCCAGGGAUGAUCUACUCGAUGAUCUGGCAUCCGAACUUGCAUUGAUCGUUAGAGACGUGUUCGGUCUCUCGUACAUCAUACUUGAUCGUGACGAUCUGCAGUCUAUCAAGGCGUUCGGUAGUGCCAUUCUGGACGACGAUAGCAAUGAAUUCGACGAUGUUUCGCACGAGUCAGAUGUUGAUGUGGAGAGCUCGGGCAUACCCCAUUCAAAACUUGCCUCUGUGAAUUUCGGCGCAGGAUCCUCCAGCGUCGUGGAUCACCGGAAGUUGGACACGAGGAGUGUUGUCAAUGUCAUAAUCGCAAAGGACUUCAACCUCGCACCUGAAGAUGUGCAGAUCCAGGCUCUGGAGCUUAUCAGAAAGCGGAGAAUAUACAGCCGAACAACAGUACAUCUUGCGCCGACUGUAUUCCUGCUACUUCCGCUUGUUGCUACCUCUUCUAAGCAUAUUAGAUUGAACAAACACCUGAACGACCGCAUAUUCAUGUCCCACACUCACUCACCAGAAGACGGAUUUCCCAACCUCGAAGAGUUAGACGACGCAGCCAUUUCCGAAGACCACGACUCCACUUAUUCCUACUCUCGUUCCCCAAGUGCGAGACGGCAGCAAAUGAUUGCAAGCCGUCGGAUCGAUGCAAAAUUAAUUGAACAGCUUCGUGCCCAAGGUCAGGCUGCGACAAUCACCCCGGAAAUUCGAAGAUAUCUUCAGGAUGUUGUAGCAUUCCUUCGAAUGGAGAGAGGUGUUGACGGUGGUAUAUCGCCGUACGGAACGACACUUUUUCUAGCCCUCGCAAAAUAUCUCGCUCCAUUCCACGGAAUAAAUUAUGUCACACCAUCAUUGGUUGCAUUGGCGGCAAAGAAGAUAUAUCCGCAUCGAAUCAUUAUGGCCACCCCCGGUCGCGAGCGGAGCACUCAGUAUGGGACCGACCUGGCGUCUGCACGGGACAUUUUGAACGAUUUGGAUCCAGACAAAGUAAUCCAGAACGUCCUCGAUACUGUUGAAUGCCCAACAUGAACAAUGCAGCAGGACACCUUAAAAUAUAAGAUUACGUUCUGCUGCUACCGUUUCCCCAGCCGCACUGGUCCGUGGUCAGAGUGUCCCAACUAGUGAACCAUCACUAUGGCGACGCAUCCUUCUCAUCGGAUACCAGAGCUUUAUGGCGAUUUACGCCGGUGGCAUACGGCCGAAGCGACAAGAUCACUCUCUGACAGAUCACAGCAUGAUGAGAGCGCCCUUUUGCUCUGGCAUCCCUUUGGGACUCUCUCCCGCGUAUCUCAGGGCUUGUCCCUGUUGAUUCCCCUCCGCUGCAUACCGACUAUGACGUAAAGCUAAAAAAGUAUACUGUCACGCCUUUGCAGAAACUGGUGAGCGCAACGAUUCUUCUACGGCCACGUCCUUGCUUUGCCAACCGAAGACCAGAGAAUGGCUGUCAUGUGUCCGUCUCAGGAGCACAGCAGAAUCUGAAAGUUUACGAGCGUGGCAUAUGCUGAAAGCAAUCUAUUCUGUGCAAUGGUGCUGCGCUGAAGCAUUGGCGCAUCGGCGGAGACAUACUGUAAAGAUCUGGAAUGGAGAUUACUCGUCCAGUAUUGAGGAGGGCCUCAUGAGUCAGGCCACUGGAAUGAUUUCUGGGGUCAUUACUUUGCUGAAGGCGAAGGGAAAGGGAUCAACAAGGAGGAAGUCCGAGUCACAAUGGGGGUUUCGAGAAGACGUAUUGCAAUCCGUGGCUGCUAGGUUGUCCGUGCAGACGUCUCCCAUGGACACAAUGCUUCGGCAAUUAGGAGGGAUGGAUACACAUACUACAGUUUCCUAACUGCUCCGCUCGGAAGAGAUAGCAUGUAGCUUUUCAC